AUCUAAAAGUAAAAACUUUUUUAAUUUUAUACGCCCUUCUUUAUUCAGCGAUUAAAUUUUCUAUUUUUUUUCUGAGAGUCCUAAUUUGAAUACAGAAAUUUAAACAUUUUUGAAAAUAUUUUAAUCAUGCAACCGAAGUUACAAAUUAUCGUGGCACUGUGCGUUAAGAAUAGAGGGAUUGGACUGAACAAUUCAAUUCCAUGGAAACUUCCAGGUGACAUGACAUUUUUUAGAAAGCUCACUUCUGAAACAAGCAUUCUUGGUUCCAAAAAUGCAAUCCUCAUGGGAAGAAAAACCUGGGACUCAAUUCCAAGCAAUCUGAAACCUCUUAAGAAUAGACUGAAUGUCGUAAUUAGUAGGACAUUAGAAUGUCCAGACAUCAAUGGAAGGUUACACGUCUCGAAAUCCUUCGAAGAUGCAGUCGAAUUUGUGGCCUCCGACAAAUCAAUUGAUAAGAUUUUCAUCAUUGGUGGAUCUAGUAUUUAUGAUCUAGCUCUUGCCAGUAGUACAUGCUAUAAUGUGUUUAUCACAGAGAUCAGCAAUGAUUUUCAAUGUGAUACAUUCUUCCCAAAGUUCAACCAAGAUGCCUAUAAACUCAUUAAAUAUCCUGGUCAUAGUACAUCAGUGCAGUUAGAAAAUGGUAUUGGCUAUCAAUUCACUUGCCAUCAUAAGAUAAGAAAUACCGUGGAUGACGUAAAGAACAAAGAUAAUUUACCUAUAUAUUCCGUUGUUGCUAUGGACAAUAAUAGGGGAAUAGGCUAUGAAAAUCAUCUGCCUUGGCCAUAUAUAGAUAAGGAUUACAAGCAUCUUAUAUCUCUUUUGCAAGGAAAAACUGCCAUCAUUGUAGGCAGGCUAACAUGGGAAUCAAUGAAGGACGCGGAGAGGCAUAUUGAAGGUGCCGUUUAUAUAGUUGUCGGUUCCAAAAAGCACCUUUUGAGCUACCCCGACCUAAUUUGCUCCUUUGUGCCUACACUCGUGGAAGCAGUCUGUCUGGCCUGUGACUUUUACGAUGACAAACUCGUUACUAAGAUCUGCUUCUUGGGGGGUAGUGCUAUAUACAAGGAGGCCAUAGAGAGUGGCCUGUGCGAGACAAUCUACCUAACUCGAAUCGAUGCUUCGUACGUAUGCAAUGUCUUCAUGCCCGACUUCGAAAGCGAGUUCAUCCUGGACACUGACUACCCUGAUGAUUAUUACAACGUGCCCUACAUUGAAAACGGUAUUCAGAUGACAUUCCAAGUCUACAAGAAGAAAUAGGUAAUUAUUAACAUGAUGUUAUCUUCAACAAAAGAACGUCUAUCUUCUGCCACUGUUAUAUAUUCACAUUUUCAAAGUGACUUUUUGUUGAGACAUUAUCUUUAAUAUUUCCAUUAUCUAGAAAUAACAAUACUAUUUAGAAUUCGUUAAAUGUUUUUCAAUGGGCCAAGUUGUAAAGCUGAUUGAUUGAUUCUAAUUUUUAAAUAUUAAUAACUACCUAUAUUUAAUCUAUAGAUUGAUGGUAAAAUCACGAAUGAAUGAAUGAAUGAAUGGAUGGACGAAUGAGUAAACGAACGAACGAAUGAACGAAUAAAUGGCUGAAUAAGUGAAAUGAAAAUGACAGCAUUGAUUAUUAUUACCUCAAAUUUUUUUUAAAAUCUAGAAAUACCUUGGCUCACUUGUUCGCAUUAUACGAACACGCACACACACACACAUAUAUAUAUAUAUACGUAUUUGGUCAUACGUUGUUUUUAUUUCUGUGUCUGAUAUACAUAGGCAAAUUUAACUUCUUUUGAUAAUUGGCUUAAAUUCAGCUAAGGAUGGACCACAAGAUAUAUCUUGAUAACUUUUAUACUUUAUUAUUUGGUUUGUAUUAUAUAUAUAUAUAUAUAUGCUUGUAUGUGCGUGUGCGUGUGUAUGCGUGUUAGUGCGUCUGUAUUGCUCUAUACCUCACCUAAAUAUUGCUUGAAAAAUUUUACUCCAUUAUAAACAGAAUGAAUUGGGAAAGCUUUUUUUAUUGUCAACAAAAAUUAAUCUACAAAAAAUAUAAUAGAAUAAAUAACUAUCUAAUUAAUUAAAUAGCUAAAGAUAGCUAAUUAAUUAAUCAGCUGCAAAUUAAAAUCAGUUAGAUUAAAGGAUUAAAGUA